CUGAAACGCGCUUUUCCACGACACGCAACGCAUCGAUCGCAUCACUGCCAUCAUUAAAGAUUCUAGACUGCCAACAGGUAGUACUGUCCAAGUUGAAUUUUGAUCGGAACUAGGAGGCUCAACAAAUCAAUAAAGCACCCAUAUCAACCCAACCUGGCUGAAACACCGCUGCCAAAAUGGCGUACAAUCCGCGCAUGUCAAUCAUCCCGCCAUCGCAGCAGCAGUCGCGUGGCAAGACCAACAAGCGGGAAAAAGAAGAGCAGGACCUGAUGAUCCUGCGCGACGCCGAGAUUGUGGGCUGCAUCCGCGACCUCGGCUUCACCAAAUUUGACUUUUCCGACCUCGAAAAGCCCAAUCCGCUGCAGGUGCAGAUGAUAUUCGAGCUGUUUGCCGAGAAGACGAUGAACGUGACGCGCGAGACGGUGGACCCGGCGAUGCGCGCCGCCGCCGAGGAGGUCUGCGGCAGCGCCGACUUUGGCGAGGCGCUCAUGCCCAGCGACACCCGCAACCUGAUGGGCUUCUACGCCGCCUUUCGCCAGCUGCUGGUCGCAUGCGGCGUGCCCGACUUUAGCUUCUCCGACAUGUACAAGCCCACUCACAAGCGUCUGGUGCACCUGCUGUCGUACCUCAUUAAUUUUGUGCGAUUCAGGCAGGGACACGCCGAGCUGUUCGUUGAGCACUUUGACCGCGUGCAGGAGACCAAGAACAGGAUCGACGUCCUGUACUCGGAGAACCAGGAGAUGGACGCCCGGCUGGACGACAUGAGGCGCAAUCGGAGAGCUAUGGAGAGCCUGGCGCAGGAAAAGACGCGGCGGAAUGAGGAUCUCAAGCGCCGUCUGUUGGAGCUGCGUCGGAACCAGGAGCGCGUCGCCGCUCGUCUGGAGGAGGCCAAGUCGCGAAAGACGGAGCUUGCGCAGCAGCUUGAGCAGAGGACGGCCGAAAAGCUGUCUCUCAAGCAGGAGAGCUCCAAGCUGCGACCUUACACACUGCAGAGCCCCUCGGCUCUGCAGGCCAGCUUAGCGGACCUGUCAAACACACUCAACGGGGAGCGGGCGCAUAUCGACUCGCUGGACCGAAGGGCACGCGCGCUGCAGACCUCUGCUGAUUCAUUCACAGUCGUCUGCGCGGACGUGGCGUCGUGCAUCAAGCUGCUCGACGAGAUUGCAACCGAGCUGGCCAAGGAGGAUGAAGAAAGCGCAAAGAAAUCCAGGCAACGCGAUGCUCUGGCCGAGCGGGGUGCCGACGUCAAGGAAGUAGAGCGUGCCGAGUCGUUGCUUCAGCGCCAGUUGGCAAAAUGGAACGAAAGGACCGAACGGCUGCGCGAGCAGAGUUCGCAGAGGGCUCAGGAGGCAAAGGAGAAAAUGGAGGAGCUCAAGGCCAUACAUAAGAAGCUUAACGAGGAGCGGACGGAGAAGGGCCGAGAUAUCGAGACGAGGAGGGUCCGGAUCGAGCAAACGGAGAAAAAGAUGCUUGAUCUGAAAGAACAAAUUGAGCAAGAGGUCCACAAUGCCCAGGAUGAGUACCUCAAGAUGGAGGCACACAUUAAGCUUUACAUGACGGAGAUGGAGCAGUCAUUAUGAGCGACAGAGCGGUGUUGGGCGAUACUAUGACUGUGUUUCUUGCUAUUCAUUCUUAUUUUGGGCACCUCGAUGUGGUCAUGGGGUCUGGUAUACCAGGAGUUUGGAGUUGGGCUAGACAUGCUGGGAUUGAAUUUGUGUAUGACUAAUAAAUGUAAUGACCCUUUCUUGCAAGAUUAUUAAGCUCGCAGCUCCGUAGACGGCGUAUCUUUGGUGUUAGGUUCUAACGGGUAUGUCUGAAACGA